UGGAGGUGCCCGGAUGCGCCGCCCGUUGACGGUCACGAGCCGGCAACUUCCGGCCGGAGAUGAUGGCGGCGCCGAUGUCCAGGGUCGAGCUUAGUGCAACCUCCUGGCUGAUACCUUCUCUCAGCUGAUGUAUCUGCUCUUCCACGCUACAUACCACGGGCAGAAUUGGGAUAUCCAUGUCCAUCGCAAGUAAAACCACCAAUGACCAACCUGCCUAACAUAUAGGCACACUUAUUACAUUAGAUGUUUUAUUCGCAAUGGGUGAGAUAAAGGUCUCCCCUGAUUAUAAUUGGUUCCGGAGUACAGUUCCAUUGAAAAAGAUAAUAGUGGAUGAUGAUGAUAGUAAAGUGUGGUCCCUUUAUGAUGCUGGGCCCAGAAACAUAAGAUGUCCAAUUAUAUUUCUUCCCCCAGUCAGUGGAACUGCAGAUGUAUUUUUCCAACAGAUUUUAGCCCUAACUGGAUGGGGUUACAGAGUUAUCACUUUACAGUAUCCUGUUUAUUGGGACAUCCUUGAAUUUUGUGAUGGAUUCAGGAAACUUUUAGAUCAUCUGCAGUUGGAUAAGGUUCACAUUUUUGGUGCUUCCUUGGGAGGAUUUUUGGCACAGAAGUUUGCAGAAUAUGCACACAAAUCACCCAGAGUUCAUUCCCUUAUCUUGUGUAAUUCAUUCAGUGACACAUCUAUCUUCAACCAGUCUUGGACUGCCAAUAGCUUUUGGCUGAUGCCUGGAUUUAUGCUGAAAAAGAUUGUUCUUGGAAACUUUACAACUGGCCCUGUGGAUUCCAAAAUGGCGGAUGCAAUUGAUUUCAUGGUUGAUCGGUUGGAAAGUUUGGGGCAGGGUGAGCUGGCCUCUCGUCUCACUCUUAAUUGCCAGAACUCGUACGUAGAACCUCACAAGAUUAAAGAAGUUCCUGUUACGAUAAUGGACGUCUUUGACCACAGUGCACUUUCUCAGGAAGCCAAAGAAGAAAUGUACAAAUUGUACCCAAAUGCAAGGCGGGCACAUCUGAAAACUGGUGGUAACUUUCCCUACUUGUGUCGGAGUGCUGAAGUCAACCUUUAUGCACAGAUCCACCUGCGGCAGUUUCACGGCACGCGGUACGCUGCAAUCGACCCGGCAAUGGUGAGUGCCGAGGAACUUGAAGUACACCGAGCCCAACUGGACAGCAUGAAUGAAGAGGAAUUGUAACUAUCACUUUCCCCCCCAGGAAAGAACUUUUCCACAGGAAGGCACUGUGCUGAGAACUCUUGACUUUUUAAAAAUAAGUGUCAGUGGUACCUUUUUUAAAAAAAAAGGAAGGUGUCUUCACAGAACAAAUGUUGAGAUGUCAGUUUAUUUUUGUUGCUUAUUACUAAUGAAAUAAAUGCCCGGAAAUGUGUGUUGCCAGCCCUAAUCUCUGGGCAUUGUUGGACAAUCGCCAAUCUACACUCCAAGCCAUGUAUCAACAACUGGCAAUGCAAGUGACAGCUAUCCUUAGACUUAUCCCUUGCAUCAACUCUAUUUUGUACAAACUAAUUUUACUUCAACUCAUUCUUUGAUACGGCAUUGGACCAGAAAUGCUUCAUGCCAACCAGACACCUGGUAGUUAUUGAUACUGGGUUGGUAUUUUACUGAGGUAUGUGAAUUUGUUUUUUUUUGUACUUAAUUUGAUAUCUUAAAUUGAAAAUAUUUUAAAUCAUUUAGAAAGUUGCCAGAAUUUGUUUUGAAGUUUAUGCAAAAUCAUUAAAUGUACACCUUACUUUGUAUAGUCACUAACUUGUGAUUUGCCACUUAUUCUGUUUACAGCUGCAUAUAUAAAGCCAGGAUUUGAAAGCUUAAGUGCGUAACCUUGAUUAUUUAUAAGAUAAUAUUUUAAACUGUAAAUAAUCUUAUGUUACCUGACCGAACUUGUUUGACUACAAUAAUUUGAUUGGAAGACAGAUAUUCAUUGACGGUACGAUGUGUUUUCUAUUAUAAUCUGGUUUGUGUGUUUGCUGUAUCCUGUACAUUUUAAUAAAUAAAGUUUGGAACUUUACCUAUUACCGUUUGCCAAAAUAGGUAAAGUUCAAAACUACUUUUAAGAACAUCA